GAUGACUGUUUUGUAUCUUACAGGCAUGGGCUAGGAGAAGUGGGAGGAGGGACAGAGAAUUAGCUAUUCUUGCACCAGCAGAAGCAACAGCCGGGACCGUUGAGCGCUAAGAAGUCCACCGGUAAUAAUCCUGGCAGUUGCUGUGUCAGAAGAGAUACCGGAGGAAGCAGCAGUAACAACAUCAACGUUCACUGCGAGCCCGAGCGCAAACCAGAACCCAACAGCAACAAUGAAAGUCAAAAAAGGCUGCAACUCAAUGGAUGUGGGGGUACCGGCGACCACGGAAGAGGAACUGCUCGGGAACAUGGCGAUCACUCCCGAGGACGUAUUGGGCUUGCAGAAGAUCACCGAGAACUACUUAUGUGGGCCAGGUGAGAAUGUGUACAGCAUUGACUUCACCAGGUUCAAGAUCAGAGACAUGGAGACAGGCACAGUGCUGUUCGAAAUCACCAAACCUCCUCAUACAGAUAAAGCAGGAGAUAAAAGCGUCAUUGAUACAAACGCCGGGAGGUUUGUCCGCUACCAGUUCACCCCCGCCUUCCUCCGGCUAAGACAAGUUGGCGCCACUGUUGAGUUCACCGUAGGAGACAUGCCCAUAGAGAACUUCCGGAUGAUUGAGAGGCACUACUUCAGAGAGAAGCUGCUCAAAAGCUUUGACUUUGAGUUUGGCUUCUGUAUGCCCAGUAGCAAGAACACUUGCGAACACAUCUAUGAGUUCCCCCCUCUGUCUGAGGAUAUCAUGCGAGAGAUGAUCCUGCACCCAUACAAGACACAGUCCGACAGUUUCUACUUUGUGGACAACAAGUUGGUGAUGCACAACAAGGCAGACUACUCCUACAGUGGCGGCCCAUAGAGGAUGGAGGACCAACCAGGCUCUUGCAGACAGACAGACAGACAGACAGACAGACAGAGGGACCAUGUUACUCAGUCUUAACAACCUACUGAUCCCAUGCUCUUAUCCUCCCUCUCAGCCCUAUGGAAAGCUACAGAAACACCACUGAACAGACCCAACUCGAACCCAGUUGCUGUGUGUGUGUGUGUGUGUGUGUGUGUGUGUGUGUGUGUGUGUGUGUGUGUGUGUGUGUGUGUGUGUGUGUGUGUGGCUUGUCUGGGAACACAUGCACCAACACACAUAAACACACACAAAGUGACAGAGGUGAUAACACCAGCAAGUUUCUGUAUAGGACCAGUAGAGGCUAGAGAAGAAACGUGUGUGUAUAUAUAAAAUGUCUCUGUAUAUUUAUUCUGUGGGUGUGUGUAUGAUUGUGUGUACAAGUCUGUAUGUUUGUUAUGACUGUGUGUGUGCGCGCAUGCACGUAUGUGUCUGUCAGUGUGUACAACAUGUGAGUCUAAAACUUAAAUGAGUUGACUGAUUUUGAAAAGUGUUUUAGUUAUACUCUUCGUCCAUCACUAUAACUCAGUUUUACUGCAUAAUAUCAUAUGACUGGUAAAUAUACAUAGACUUAACAUCACAUAUCAUAGUAAAUAUACAUGUACAUUUCACUUUAUAUUUUAUGUUUAUCAACAAUAGGGAAUUUUUAUGGAACUUUAUGGACAGAGGACUUUCCAAAUAGAGUUAAAACUAGUUCAUUUGGUACAGUGCCUUUAGAAAAUAUUCACAACCCUUGACCUUUUCCACAUUUUAUUGUGUUACAGCCUAAAUUUUAAAUUGAUUAAAUUGAGAUUUUGUGUCACACACAAUACCCCAUAAUGUCAAAGUGGAAUUAUGUUGUUAGAUAUUUUUUACAAAUGAAUAACCCUUUUGUUAUGGCAAGCCCAAAUAUGUUCAGGAGUAAAAAAUGUCUUAACAAGUCACAUGGACUCUUUGUGCAAUAAUGUUUAACAUGAUCUUUUAAUGACUACCUCAUCUCUGUACCCCACACAUACAAUUAUCUGUAAGGUCCCUCAGUCGAGCAGUGAAUUUCAACCACAAAGACCAGGGAGGUUUUCCAAUGCCUCGCAAAUAAGGGCACCUAUUGGUAGAUAGAUAAAAAAAUACAAAAAGCAGAUGUUGAAUAUUCAUUUCAGCAUGGUGAAGUUAUUAAUUACACAUCAGAUGGUGUAUUUUUUAACCUUUAUUUACUAGGCAAGUCAGUUAAGAACAAAUUCUUAUUUUCAAUGACAGCCUAGGAACAAUGGGUAAACUGAC